ACUACAAUACCCAUGAGCAAGUAGCACGAAGUGGAGGAGGAAGAGUUUGCGAGACUUGCCGGGAGUUUUACAGCAUGUUAGGUUCUUUUUUUUUUUUAAAGAGCGCAAGGUCUUCAGUCUAUGCAGCAAGGUCUUCAAUCUAGUGUGAACAGCUCAUUUUGCCAUCGUCAUGUCUUCAGACAACACCUUGGAUGAUGAUGACACCUUUAAGAUCCUGAUUGCUACUGAUAUUCACCUCGGAUACCUGGAGAAAGAUGCCAUCCGUGGCAGUGACUCCUACAACACAUUUGAUGAGAUCCUGAAAUGUGCCAAGACAAAUCUGGUGGAUUUCAUCCUGCUGGGAGGUGAUCUGUUCCACGAAAACAAGCCCACGCGCCGAUGCCUCCACACCUGCAUCACCAUGCUAAGAAAGUACUGCAUGGGAGACUCGCCCAUACACUUCAACAUACUCAGUGACCAGACGGUUAACUUUAACACCACACAGUUCCCCUGGGUUAAUUAUCAGGAUGAAAAUCUCAACAUCUCCAUACCCGUGUUUAGCAUUCAUGGAAACCACGAUGACCCGACAGGGGCUGAGGGUUUGUGUGCGUUGGACCUGCUCAGUGCGUCGGGUCUCGUGAACCACUUUGGUCACUCUCAAUCUGUGGAGAAGAUUGAAAUCAGCCCCAUCCUCUUGCAAAAAGGCAACAGCAAGUUGGCCUUAUAUGGCCUUGGUUCCAUCCCAGAUGAGCGUCUGUACAGGAUGUUUGUCAACAAUCAUGUGAUGAUGUUACGUCCCAAAGAAGACCAAGACGAAUGGUUUAACCUGUUUGCCAUUCACCAGAACAGGAGUAAGCACGGCCCCACAAACUACAUUCCCGAGCAGUUCCUGGAUGAAUUUCUGGACUUAGUGGUGUGGGGUCACGAGCACGAGUGUCUGAUAGCGCCGACCAGAAAUGAGCAGCAGCUCUUCUAUGUGACGCAGCCUGGCAGCUCAGUAGCCACCUCGCUAUCUCCUGGAGAGGCGACCAAGAAGCAUAUAGGGUUGCUGAGGGUGAAAGGGCGUAAAAUGAAUCUUCAGAAGAUCGCCCUAAAGACUGUGCGUCAGUUCUUCAUCCAGGACGUGGUGCUCUCUGACUACCAGGAUGCGUUCACAGUGGAUACACCCAAUGUCAUAAAGAAGGUGGAGAACCUUUGCCAUGCUAAGGUUAAUGAGAUGCUAGAAGAAGCCGAGAGGGAACGACUGGGAUGUCCGCUUACCCCAGAGAAACCACUCAUUCGUCUCAGGGUGGACUACACCGGCGGAUUUGAGACCUUCAACACAUCCCGCUUCAGUCAGAAAUACGUGGACCGCGUGGCUAACCCAAAAGACCUCAUUCACUUUCUCCGAUGCAGGGAGAAGAAGGAGCAAAUCAAAGAUGAACUCAGUGUGGACUACAGCAGAGUACUAAAAACAACUGCAGUUGAGGGGCUGAGAGUGGAAGACCUGGUGAAACAGUACUUUGAAGCGACCGAACAGAAGGUACAGCUGUCCCUCCUGACAUCGCACGGCAUGGGAAAAGCCAUUCAGGAGUUUGUAGAAAAAGACGAGAAGGACGCCAUUGAUGAGCUGAUCACCUAUCAGCUUGAGAAGACGCAGCGCCACCUCCAGGGUCGGAGCGUAAUCACAGAGCAAGAGAUCGACGCCGAGAUCAAGCGAAUUAGAGAGUCCAAAAAGAACACAACGGAAGAAGAAAAUGAAAUUAAAGAGGCAAUCAACAGAGCCAAGGCUCACCGCUUGGAGCGUGGAGAGACCUCACUGGACGUCAACAUGUCAGACCCGUCUAGCGACGGGGACUCUGAACAAGACGCUGCAUUAGCCAGAGGAAGAGGAAGAGGACGUGGGGGCAGAGGGCGGGGACGAGGGAGAGGUGCUAAAGCCUCUGAGCCGAAAUCCUCCGCACGAGGUACUUCCAAGAAAUCCUCAGUGACAAGCCAAAGUAGAAGCAUCAUGCAAGCAUUUCAAGGUCCGACCCAAAGACCUUGUCGGAGCGCAGCGACCACAUCCUAUGCAGCAGAUGAUAUAACCAUUGAUGACUCUGAUGAAGACGCUCCUGUAAUGAAAGCUCAGCCCUCUCCCAAAGCUGCAUCCACGUCGUCAUUCUUCCGGGCGAGUUCUCAGGGCCAGAGCCAGACUUUCAAAGGAGUGAGUUUUGAUGACAGUGACGAUGAGGAUGAUCCCUUUAAAGGCCCCGUCCGGCGUUCAAGGAGAUAACUACAAUUCCUUCCCUCAUAAAAGCUCAAGUUCUUCAUGUUGAUUCACCACAAAAUAAGUCCAAAUGCUACUAUGCAUCUAUGUUGUUCUGACACGCUCGAAGAGCAUGUCAAGGUGUUCUACAACUAUACAUAAAUCCAAUGCCACAAGGUAGGCUCAUUUAAAGCUCUUAGUUACAUCCCUUUUAAUGAGUAGAUAAGACAGGAGUUAUUGUCUAAUUAAAACGUUGCAUACAAACUUG